AUGCUCCGGCAGCCAGAGCUCGUCAGCACUGUCCUUUUAGGUGCCACCUCCUGGGAGAAGCUGACCCAGGUGGCCAGGGAGAGACAAGACUUGGCUUUCUCCAUCCCUUUCUCUGUCAGCCUUUUAGCCCUGAAGAACGAUGAGGCAGUGGUGAUCCUGUGCUAUGCAAUGCUGGAGGGAAACUGUCUGUCGUCAGUGGUCACCCAGGCCUGGAAGGAGAUGGAAGAAAGAGUCCUUGGGUUCGGAGAUUUGGUGUGUGACAGCCUCGGGCGGCAUCACAUGGACCUGUGCCCCAACUGUGCUUUCUGCUCGCUGAAGAGGGAGCAGUGUCAGAACAUCAAAAACCUGAAGCGUGUUCACUGCAAGACAGGCAGCUUCAUGACCUACAUCAACCCUCAGAUCUCAGCCCAGUACCGGGCUGCAGGCGGCAAGCCCAGCUCCCCACAGACCUCGAAGUACUAUGGCAUGCAGGUUUCCAGAGGGCUGAGGGUGGAGUACUGGUGCAGCCGGAUGGCCACCCAUGGCUGUGAGGACCCUCGUGUGACCCUCUGGCUGAAGGCAGAGUAUGCUGCCUUCCAAGACAGAGAUACGCCGAGCCAGAUCUGCGACUCGGGUGGACUUCAGCACCCCAGCUACUGUGCAUUCAAGAGCCACCAGUGUCUGCAGCAGAGCCUCUACAACCAGAAGGUGUCUCGCCGCGGCUGUCACAGAAACGAGACAUACCGGGUGUUGAGUGAGAAGGAGGGAGAGGAGGAGGUGCAGCUGUGGCAUCAGAAGUUCCUCAGCCUCACCAAGGGGUGA